GUCCAAGUCGAGCACUCUGUGCUUUCGGCAGUUGCCGCUCACACUGUCAAGCUAAAGCGAUGCCAAGCCGCUUCCUUGCUGCCUGAAUUCCCUGCCGCACUUGGAGUUGGACUCAGCAACAUGUCUUGAUAUCACCAAGACGAUAGUAAUCUUUACUGCAAACUCGGGACGAUACCAUUCUUAGUCGACGUCGUGUCCACCAGACACUACUUGCGGAGAACUGGAUUGACUUCGAGCUUGAAAACUCGACGUCCUUCAAGUCCAUUGGGUCCGUCAUCGAAACAGACUAUAUCCUCAAGACGUCUCUCGAGAGGCGAAAUUAUAUCGCCCAUACAGAUGUCGCUCUGAGGCCGGAGCCGUCUUCAAGGCUAUGUCCGCUGACAUGAAAGGUGCGCCGGAGCGCCCGCCCAAAGCAUUCUCCUGCAUACGUUGCUUUGAACGCAAAGUAAAAUGCGACAAACAAAACCCUUGUUCAAAUUGCGUCAAAUCCAAAGUGGAAUGUGUAUUUCGUAUACCACCGGCACCGCGUCGACGCAAGAAACGACCCCAGGAGGACGUCUUGUCAGAACGUUUGAGAAAAUGCGAAGAGCUCCUCAAGAGUAAAGGCCUGAGCAUUGAUAGCCUUCAGAGUCCGACAGGCAGUACGCCUCCUGUGGAUCCCGCCUCAACGGGUGAACCAGAUUUUGGCCUGACUUAUGGUCGCCCUGGGCUGUAUCCAGAUGGCACCGCCAAGAAGCCUGGGCAAUUACUUAUGGACGGAACGCAGUCGCGGUUCAUUGAGAACAAUCUAUGGGCCAGCGUGUCAGGCGAGUUCCAUCCCAAUGAAGCCAUUGAAGAAGAAUACUCGGACGACGAGGACGAAUUUGCUCAACCGACCGAGGAAAGCACCGACUUCGUGUUAGGCUACACUCCCGGCAGCAAUCCCGUGGCGCAACUACACCCGCCACCAGAUCAUAUCUUCCAGCUGUGGCAGUCUUUCCUAGACAGCAUCAACCCGCUGACCAAGGUUGUGCACCAACCAACCCUUGAAGCGAGAAUUGUCCAAGCCUCGUCGGACCUGGACAAUGUGCCUCGAAACCUCGAAGUGCUAAUGUUCUCCAUUUACAGCGCCGCUGUGUAUGCAAUGGAGGACGACGAAUGCAUCAUCAAGUUCGGCGAACCUCGCAAAACUUUACUUGCAAGAUACCGUCAUGCGACACGGAAGGCGCUCGCAAGGGCAAGAUUCAUGGGAACUUCGGAUCUCCAGGUCCUUGCGGCAUUCGUUCUUUACCUUCUAACUAUGCGCGAAGCUUACGACUCCCGAACCACGUGGGCUCUUGCUGGUGUGGCUAGCAGAAUCGGCCAAGGUAUGGGUCUCCACCGUGAUGGUACCACCCUGGGUACCCCGCCGUUCGAAACCGAGAUGCGUCGACGCAUCUGGUGGCAGGUCACUACUCUUGACUUCAGGUCCGGUGAGUUGAGCGGCUCCGGUCGAUUCGGAGAUUUCGCUCUCUCCGAUACGCAGCCUCCAACCAACGUCAACGAUGCCGACAUAUGGCCUGGUAUGAAAGAGCCGCCUAUUCCCAGCCAGCGGCCUACCGAAAUGGUAGCCUGUCUAGUGCGCUGCGAAUUUGGCAAUUUUUGGAAACAAAAGAUCGCGGCAAAAUCUGGCCUGACAAUGGAGAAUCUGAGCCUCGACUCAAGAUUCAACUCGACCCUGCAGGAACGGGAUGCCAACAUCGAUGAGCUAGAGCAGAUUCUCGAAGAGAAGUAUCUGAAAUACUGCGAUCCUUCGGUUCCUGUUCAAUUCAUGUGCAUCCUCAUGGGCAGAGGCAGUGUCGCGAGCAUGAGGCUGAUGGCUCACCACCCGAGAAAAUAUGCCAAUCCAGAGGACGUGCCGGCCUCAGAAAAAGAACUCUUGUGGAAAUUCAGCCUCAAACUGCUCGAGGGCUAUAGCCUUGCACAUUCGACUAAAUACUUACGGAAAUUCAUGUGGCAUACAAGGAAUUUCUUUGGGUGGCCCGCUUUGAUUUAUCUGCUGAACGAGCUAAAAACACAUACUCUGGGUGACAAGGUCGACCAUGCAUGGAGCGUUGUGGACGAGGUGUUCUUCCACCAAGCGAGUCUCAUCACAGACUACAAGAGACCUCUUCAUGCUGCGGUGGGCAGUCUAUGUCUGAAGGCGUAUAACGCGCGCGAGUCUGCUCUACGCGAAAAGACUAACGGACUCCUCCCCAAGAGUACACCAGACUAUAUCAGACUGUUACGAGAGCAGCGAAAACAUACUCACCUGGUGCCAAGGUCGAUGCCAGAAACAAAGUCCGACGCGUCAACGGCGACGGCAAUGUUGAGCACGCAACAGACGCAGGUUGAACCUUCGCAAGGAGGAAUCCCAACUCCAUUGAGCUCCACCAACCAGCAACUGACGGCAGACCAAAAUAGCAGUAAAGCUCAACUACCGCUGCCAACUUUUGUGCCUACUCAAAUCCCCACGUCGAUACAAAUGCAGGAUGUACCGUCAGACAACCUGAUGUAUGCGUCCGAUCCGUCUCUGGUACAAGAUCUUGCGCUGGCGGAUAUGCCUAUGGACUGGGCACAAUGGGAUAUGAUGAUGGAGGACUCCACAUGGAAUGAUGGUCAUCACUAAGGCCGGACGCUCCUCUUCGAAGGCGGCGCACACCCUACUUCUGAAAAGGGCGGACACUCCACUCCUAAGGCGGUAGACGCUCUACUUCUGAACGGGCCAGAACGCAAUGGCGGACGUGUCAAUUUUAUGAUUUUGGCAGCUCGGCCUCGGCUUGCAUCCGGCUCGAUCAAGGAUCGAGCGGACCUUGUGCCCUUAUGAAUUCUGGCGAAAGCCUUAUGUUUAUAUACCCAACUCAAUCUCGCCCAUGAGGACUGGGCAAAGACACAGCCUCGGGCUCUUUAAGGACCCUACAGAUCAAUUCAUGCAGUAACUAACCUGUUGACUUAGCUCGCCCGAAGAGAAACGAGUUUAGGAUUGGCUUGACGAUC